AUGGUGGAAGAUCGGAAAUAUCUUCUAUCGAGGGUUUUCUCAAGCUCUCGUCCUUCAGAAUCCAAGUGGCCUUACAUGUAUCCACAAGGAGAAGGAGAAGAAGAAGAAGAAGAAGACUCUUCUCAAUCUAAGCUCACCAAUGGCAAAAGAGCAUUAGACGAUGCCGAUGACGAUAUCGAGCUCAGACAAAUCAAGACUCCCAAAUUGACGAGAUCUUCAAUUCACGGAAACGAUGAUGCCAACAAUGACGAUGGAGAUUCGCUUAUCAACGACAUCGGGAGAGACAAUUCGAUCAGCUGCUUGAUCCGUUGCUCGAGGUCCGAUUACGGCUCAAUCGCAUCUCUAAACCGGAGUUUCCGGUCUCUGGUUAAAUCCGGUGACAUUUACAGGCUCCGAAGGCAGAACCGGAUCGUCGAGCACUGGGUUUACUUCUCCUGCCAGCUCUUGGAAUGGGUCGCUUUCAAUCCCGUCGCGAGACGAUGGGUGAAUCUUCCUACAAUGCCCUCAGGCGUCACCUUCAUGUGCGCCGAUAAAGAAUCGCUCGCCGUCGGCACCGAUCUGCUCGUUCUAGGCAAAGACGACGACUCCUCUCACGUGAUUUACCGAUACAGUCUUUUGACCAACUCCUGGUCUUCAGGGAUGAGGAUGAAUUCUCCGAGGUGUUUGUUCGGGUCGGCGAGUCUCGGAGAGAUCGCGAUCUUCGCCGGCGGUUGCGAUUCUCUCGGGAGGAUCAGUGAUUCCGCGGAGAUGUAUAACUCGGAGCUGAAGACUUGGACGACGCUUCCGAAGAUGAACAAGCCGAGGAAGAUGUGUUCGGGUGUGUUCAUGGACGGGAAGUUCUACGUGAUCGGAGGAAUCGGAGGGAGUGAUUCGAAAGUGCUUACCUGCGGGGAGGAGUUCGAUUUGGAGACGAGGAGAUGGACGGAGGUUCCGGAGAUGUCGCCGCCGAGGAGUAGGGAGAUGGCGGCGGCGUCGGCGGGGGCGCCACCGCUUGUGGCGGUUGUGGGUAAUGAGUUGUAUGCGGCGGAUCAUGCUGAUAUGGAAGUGAGGAAGUAUGAUAAAGAGGGGAAGAAGUGGUUUACGUUGGGGAGGUUGCCUGAGAGAGCUGAUUCGGUUAACGGUUGGGGAUUGGCGUUUAGAGCUUGCGGCGAGAGGUUGAUUGUGAUUGGUGGGCCUAGGAGUUCUGGUGGAGGGUUUAUUGAGUUGAAUUCUUGGAUACCGUCGGCGAGUGAUCGGAGUCCGCCUGUGUGGACGUUGCUCGAUAGGAAACAUUCGUCGAAUUUCGUAUACAAUUGUGCGGUUAUGGGUUGCUGA